AUGGAACUGAAAGUGUGGGUAGACGGCUUGCAGCGAGUGGUGUGCGGCAUAAGCGAGAGUAGCACGUGUCAGGAGGUGAUCUACGCGCUUGCACACGCCACUGGUAAAACGGGUCGUUUCGUGCUUGUCGAAAGGUGGCGCAACAGUGAACGUAGUCUUGCACCUUUCGACCACCCCCUUCAGCUGCUGUCGAAGUGGGGCGAGUACGCGGCCGAUGUCCAGUUCGUCUUGCACUGCUUGCAGGAGCCGCCGAGCCUCAACUCGAACUCGAACUCGAGCUCGAACAAUGAGCCGUGCUCGUCUUCGUCUUCAUUACCUUCUCGUCCGUUGGUCAACUUGCCCGAAGCGUCCAUGAAACGCAGUGUCACCUUCAGCAGUUCGACGGAGCAGCAACGAGAAGCCGGUCUGGUCGUCCAAAAGAACGCCCUGCAUUCCCCUUUGGAGAACAGACCAACCGGACUCAUGGUAUCCAGCCAUUCCGUGCACGAUUCCGUUAACCUCCGCGGUACGUCCAACUCGUACCCCGUAUCUGGAUCUGCAGGUUUCCAGUCGCCGCAUAUCUACGCUGGCGCUAAUCUCCCUCCAGCACUCGAUCGGAUGCCGAUGCCCUCCAUGCGACCGCCUCCUCCGUCUUACGACGAGGUGAUGAGCGGACGGCCGAGCAAAACCUUCUCCACUAGAACCUACUCUCCCAAUCCGAACCUCAAGACUGUCGGCGGCGGUUCAUCGCCGAUGACUUCCAUCGGUCCCCUUGCUGUCGCAAGACCAACCUGUAACGCUUACGGCAGUGGCCAGCUGAAUCGAGACCAGCUCGUAAAUCUGAUCGAAAACCAGCGACUGGUUCUUGCUCGGCAGCAGCAGAUUCUACUGAAUUUGGACACAGGUGCGAUACGAUAA